GGGGUGUGUCUUUAUCGGUGAGCUCUCGUUGGUAACCGAGGCGGAGAGCACAGCUAAUGUUUUGAUGCUACUCGAAUGUUAGCUUUCAAGUAUUGGACUGAGCAGCUUGACUUUCCCUUCCGAUUCUGGCAGUUUUGGAGAGGAGCAAUGACGAACCUACUGCUGAGGGUGUUGCUGUCUGCAGCAGUGGCCUGGCAGACCAUCACAGCUGGAUCAGGCUGUGAGGGAACAGAAUGUGGGAAUAUUAAAGUGUCCAGGAGGCCUGAUCAGCACAGUGAAUUCCUGAACCAGUUUAAUGAAAUGAAUCCAACAGCUGGCGGCCAGCACCGCGACCCUGGAGCCGUGUUACCUUUUAUUGGGCUCACUGGAAGUGCUAAGCAAAGUCGCAGCUGCUGUAAGAACGGGGGAACCUGCAUUCUUGGAAGUUUCUGCGCCUGUCCGAAACAUUUUAGUGGGCGAAGCUGUGAAUACGACGAACGUGCCAGGAAUUGUGGUGUCAUUCCACACGGAGAAUGGGUACAGAAAGGCUGUUCCUAUUGCAGAUGUGGAUAUGGAGUCUUGCAUUGCUUCCCAGAAGUCUUUCAUGGUGAUUGCGACGACUCUCAGGAAGUGCGCUGGUUUCGUUCGAAUGCCACAAGUAUACUGUUGAGCAAGUUUCUCCUGUGCCUGUCGAUGCUUCUUUCUUUUCUCUUCUGAAGACUCUCGGUUUACUAUGUUCAGUGUGCUUGUCUCAGUUUUGCUCAGGAGGAACAUCUUACCAGACCGACCACAAAGGAAGAUUUUAAAGGACGUUUAAAUGUGUAUUUUUUCUCAUUUACCACAGACGUUUCAACCUUUCUGCGUACUUCAGUGGUUGAGGUGUCAUUUGUACUGGUUUGUUGUGAAAUGUUUAAUUGUAGCGGAACUAGAGGAUCUGACUUGUUUACAGUGGUCCUGAUAGGAACCAGGGGUUGCCAUGUCUACAACACAAAUAUAGUUGUUUUAUUUGGUAUCCGAAACCUUCAGUGAACCUGACUCUUCUGAGUUUUAAUAUAUGAUGUUGAUGACACUAUAAUAGUGAUAAAUAUAAGUUGUCUUUGGGGACUAUUUUGCCUCGAAACAGCAUGCCUGUACCCCUCUGCCAUUAAGGUAAUCAUAAAAUGUUUUUAAACUAUUUUAAAACAAUGUCUCAGGUGUUUUCCUGGCUAUUUUGUGUAUAACUUUCUGCGAAGGAGCUUUUAGAGGCAUUAAACUCUUUAGACGUCUGGUUCCCAUCAACACCACUGUGAACAGUUUUGACUCUAGCACUAAGUUUCUCUAGAAUGGAGCAUUUCACACCAAACCACUCAGGAUGACUUCACAUCUUAACCAUUCAUUUCUACGGAAAUGGUUACACAUCAGUGGGAUUCAGCAUUUAUUGGCAGCACUGAAAUGCAUUUUUACUUCCGGUGGAAGUUCAGCAUGUAGCUGUGUUUAAAAUAACUGUUCUAAUGUAAAGGAACCUGUAUAUAGGAUUUAUAUUGAGAGAUAUAUUGUACUUGUGUUGGUGUACAUUUUCCCUAGAGAUUUUUUUUUUCCUAAAUAAACCAGCAUUCCAGAAGGUGCUGGGGGUCUAUGAUUUAAUGUACAAGUAUUUGUUUGUCAAAGUGGUCUUCAUCUGCAGCCAGAAGUGUUUGUUUGCUGUCCCUCUUGAUGGGGCGAGAGUGUGAUAAUGCUAAGAUAACCCGUGAUUGUUGACCUUUCUGCUAUUUUCUCCUUAUCUAAAACAAACAAUUACUCAGGCCAAUCAAUCACAGUGGCUGUUCUGACCUACUCUGUUGACCUUAUAGAGUCUGGGAGAGAUGUACUGUAUCUGUCCGAGACUGGAGGACUGAAAUUGUCUCAAGUAAUUAAUUUUCACAUCAAUAACUCAGAUGGCUGAUUACUUUCUGACCUCAUUUUGGCUGUUCAUCAUUGGUGAUGCAAAAACCACAACUAUGAAUCAUAACGUAAGAGUGAAAAUGGCAGAUUUAGGGUUUUGGGGGCAAAAUGCAAAUGGGAAAAGAUGUUCUGAAGUAACUAAAUCUGAAUGUCUACAGAAAAA